GUGGAGGCGACCCUCACUCUUCCGCAGUGCCUACAACAUUACCCAGAAUGGCCUGCGUUGGGCGACGGCGAUCUUCAGCCAGUGAGGCCUCCGAAAGGUGGCGUUUCCGUAAGCGCACGCGCGGUCGCGGCGGGACUUCCGUCGUCCUCCCGGUGGCGGUCGUUUUGGCAUUUGUCCGGACUCUUUCCUUGGUAGAAAGCAGCGGAGCGAUAGUCAGCAUCGUCCGUGACUGACUGAGAGGGCGCAAAAGGAGUCUUCCCCGCUGCACAGAGGCGAAGCUGAGGUUUGGCGGCGCCCGGGGUAUCCCGGCCCGGCCCGGCCCGGAAUAAGGACUUCCUCUCCUGUCCCGCUCCGCCCACAGAGUCCGAUGGCGGCGGCCGAGCUGACGGCCCCGGCCCAGGGCAUUGUGACGUUUGAGGACGUGGCUGUGUACUUCUCCUGGAAGGAAUGGGGUCUUCUUGAUGAGGCUCAGAAAUGCCUGUACCAUGAUGUGAUGCUGGAGAACUUGACACUUACAACCUCCCUGGGUGGUUGUGGAGCAGGGUAUGAGGAGGCACCUUAUCAGCAGAGCACUUCUUCACAGCGGGAGUCACAGGUUAGGCUUCCUAAGGCCCUUCCUUCUCCCCAGAAGACCAAUCCCUGUGAGAUAUGUGGCCCAGUCUUGAGAGAGAUUUUGCACUUGCUUGAGCACCAGGGAACACACCAUGGUCAAAAACUGUAUACAGAUGGGGCAUGUAGGAAACAAUUACAAUUUACUGCAUACCUUCGUCAGCACCAGAAGCAGCAUGUUGGACAGAAGCACUUCAGAAGCAAUGGGGACAGAGACCUGUUUUUGAACCGCUGCACAUUUGAAGUAUCUGGGAAACCCUUUCCUUGCAAGGAGGUUGGGAAGGAUUUCCUGGCGAGAUCAAGAUUUCUUCAGCAACAGGCUACUCACACCAGAAAGAAGUCAAACAGAACCAAGAGUGCAGUGGCCUUUCACAGUGUAAAAAAUCAUUACAACUGGGGAGAAUGUGUGAAAGCUUUCAGCUACAAACAUGUACGUGUUCAGCACCAGGGAGACCUCAUUAGGGAAAGAUCUUACAUGUGCAGUGAAUGUGGGAAAUCUUUUAGCACAAGCUGUAGCCUCAGUGAUCAUUUGAGAGUUCACACUUCAGAAAAGCCUUAUACAUGUGGGGAAUGUGGGAAAUCCUAUAGGCAAAGCUCUAGCCUUGUUACGCACCGAAGAGUUCACACGGGAGUAAGACCUCAUCAAUGUGAUGAGUGUGGAAAAUUAUUUAACAGGAAGUAUGACCUUCUUAUACAUCAGAGAGUUCAUACUGGAGAAAGGCCUUACAAGUGCAGUGAAUGUGGGAAAUCCUUUAGCCAUAGCUCCAGCCUCAUUACACACCAGAGAAUUCAUACUGGAAUGAGGCCUUAUGAGUGCAGUGAAUGUGGGAAAUCCUUUAUCCAUAGUUCUAGCCUUAUUACACACCAGAGAGUUCACACUGGUACAAGGCCUUAUAUGUGCAGUGAAUGUGGGAAAUCCUUUAGCCAGAGCUGUCACCUCAUUAAACACCGGAGACUUCACAUUGGAGAAGGGCCUUAUGAGUGUAGUGAAUGUGGGAAAUUGUUUACUUACAGAUCUCGUUUCUUCCAACACCAGAAAGUUCAUACUGGAGUAAGAUCUCAUGAAUGUCAUGAAUGUGGAAAAUUAUUUAGCAGGAAAUUUGACCUCAUUGUACACGAGAGAGUUCACACAGGAGAGAGGCCCUAUGAGUGCAGUGAGUGUGGAAAAUCCUUUACCUGUAAAUCCUACCUCAUCGCACACUGGAAAGUUCAUACUGGAGCAAGGCCUUAUGAAUGUGGGGAAUGUGGGAAAUCAUUUACCCAUAGCUCUACACUCCUUCAACACCAGAGAGUUCACACUGGAGAACGGCCUUAUGAGUGCAGGGAAUGUGGGAAAUUUUUCAGCCAGAGCUCCAGUCUCAUUAGACAUAGGAGAAGUCACACCGGAGAAAGGCCUUACGAGUGCAGUGAGUGUUGGAAAUCCUUUAGUAACCGCUCUAGCCUCGUUAAACACCAGAGAGUUCACACUGGAGAAAGGCCUUAUGAAUGCAGUGAAUGUGGAAAAUCCUUUAGCCAGAGCUCUAACCUCAGUAAUCACCAGCGAGUUCACAGCGGGGAAAGGCCUUACGAGUGUAGUGACUGUGGAAAAUCUUUCACCUUCAACUCCAACCUCCUAAAACAUCAGCAUGUUCACAAGGGAUAAAGGUUAGGUAACACCCAUAGGGCUGUCCCGGACUGAGAAGGGUCCCUGCAGAAUUCACAGGUGUAAAUAAAUAAAUAAAUAUGUAUUUUCAAUAACCAUGCUUUAUAUUUAGGAUAUGUUCUCUGAAUUUUGUUUUAUACAAAUAAAUUUAUAUGUGUACGUAC